AUGGUGGCCCUGUCCCUGAAGAUCUGCGUUCGCCAGUGCAACGUGGUGAAGACGAUGCAGUUUGAGCCCUCCACACCCGUGUACGACGCCUGUAGGAUCAUUCGAGAGAGAGUCCCUGAAGCACAGUCUGGACAAGCCUCAGAUUACGGCCUGUUCCUGUCUGACGAUGAUCCCAGAAAAGGAAUCUGGCUGGAGUCUGGAAGAACCCUGGAUUACUACAUGCUACGGAACGGCGAUAUUUUGGAGUACAAGAAGAAGCAGCGGCCUCAGAAGAUCAAAAUGCUGGACGGAGCAGUCAAGACCAUAAUGGUGGACGACUCAAAAACAGUUGGAGAGCUGCUGGUCACCAUCUGCAGUAGAAUAGGAAUCACCAACUACGAGGAGUACUCCCUGAUUCAAGAGAUGGUUGACGACAAAAAGGAGGAGGGAACAGGGACCCUGAAGAAGGACAGGACUCUGCUGCUGCGAGAUGAACGCAAGAUGGAGAAACUGAAGGCCAAGCUGCACACGGACGACGACUUGAACUGGUUGGACCACAGCCGCACGUUUCGGGAGCAGGGAGUGGAGGAGAGUGAAACGCUGCUGCUGAGGAGGAAGUUCUUUUACUCGGACCAGAAUGUGGACUCCAGAGAUCCGGUCCAACUGAACCUGCUCUAUGUCCAGGCUCGGGAUGACAUUCUGAACGGCUCGCACCCGGUCUCGUUCGAUAAAGCCUGUGAGUUCGCGGGGAUCCAGGCUCAGGUGCAGUUUGGACCUCACAUGGAGCACAAACACAAGCCCGGCUUUUUGGACCUCAAGGAGUUCCUACCCAAAGAAUACAUCAAGCAGCGAGGGGCAGAGAAGAAAAUAUUCCAGGAUCAUAAAUCUUGUGGAGAGAUGACAGAGAUCGAAGCCAAAGUGAAGUAUGUGAAGUUGGCCAGGUCCCUUCCCACAUACGGAGUCUCCUUCUUCCUGGUAAAAGAAAAAAUGAAGGGCAAAAACAAGCUUGUGCCGAGGCUCCUGGGGAUCACCAAGGAGUCUGUGCUGAGGGUGGACGAGAAAACCAAAGAGGUGGUGCAGGACUGGCCUCUCACCACCGUCAAGAGAUGGGCAGCUUCUCCCAAAAGCUUCACUCUGGAUUUUGGGGAAUACCAGGAGAGCUACUACUCCGUACAGACCACAGAGGGAGAGCAGAUUUCCCAGCUCAUCGCCGGAUACAUCGACAUCAUCCUUAAAAAGAAGCAGAGCAAGGAUCGCUUCGGUCUGGAUGGAGAUGAGGAGGCCACUAUGCUCGAAGAAUCUGUUUCUCCCAAAAAGUCAACCAUCCUGCAGCAGCAGUUUAACCGUGUGGGUCGGGUGGAGCAUGGCUCUGUGGCGCUCCCUGGCAUCAUCAGCUCUGGCUCUAUGGGAGGCUCUGACACCUACAGCAUGGGGUCUAUGCCCUCUGCCCAGCAGCAGCUCAGCUCAGGUCAACUGCACCGUGCACACAUGCCCCCACUGAGCCAGGCGCAGCAGGCCCUGAUGGGGACCAUAAGCAGCAGUCUACGCGCCGUGCAGCAGGCUCAGGGAGACCUGGGACACAUGGAGCCUCUGCCUCCUCUGGGACACGACCUGGCCUCCAGGGUUUGGGUCCAGAACAAAGUAGACGAGUCCAAACAUGAGAUCCACUCCCAGGUGGACGCCAUCACAGCUGGAACAGCGUCUGUGGUCAACCUGACCGCAGGUGAGCCCUCAGACACAGACUACACGGCGGUGGGCUGCGCUAUCACGACCAUCUCCUCCAACCUGAGUGAGAUGUCCAGAGGGGUGCGUCUACUGGCCGCUCUGCUGGACGAGCCUGUGGGCAGUGGGCACAAGUUAAUGGCUGCGGCCCGGAUGCUGUCGGCCGCUGUGUCCGACCUGCUCCGCUCUGUGGAGCCGGCCGCUGCACAGCCCAGACAGAAUGUACUGACCGCAGCAGGAGGCAUUGGUCAGGCCAGCGGGGACCUGCUCCGACACAUGGGGGAGGGCGAGACGGACGACAAGUUCCAGGACACUCUGAUGAAUUUGGCCAAAGCGGUGGCUAAUGCGGCGGCCAUGUUGGUGCUGAAGGCCAAGAACGUGGCUCAGGUGGCAGAAGACACAGUGCUGCAGAACCGGGUCAUCACCGCAGCAACUCAAUGCGCGCUGUCCACGUCACAGCUGGUGGCCUGCACAAAGGUGGUGAGUCCCACCAUCAGCUCCCCGGUGUGCCAGGAGCAGCUGGUGGAGGCGGGGAAGUUGGUGGAGCGAUCUGUGGAGACCUGCGUGAAAUGGUGCCGUUCGGCCAACGACGACCCAGAGCUGCUCAAACAGGUGGGAGGGGCAGCCGCGGUGGUCAGUCAGGCCCUUAGUGACCUACUACACCAUGUACGCCACUAUGCCAGCUGUGGAGAGCCAAUCGGGCGCUACGACCAGGCUACAGACACGAUCAUGAACGUGACGGAGAAUAUCUUUACUUCCAUGGGGGAUGCUGGUGAAAUGGUGCGACAGGCCAGAGUUCUGGCUCAGGCCACAUCUGACCUGGUGAACGCCAUGAGGUCCGAUGCAGAGGCUGAAGUCGACGUGGACAACUCCAAAAAACUGCUGGCUGCAGCCAAACUGUUGGCAGACGCUACGGCUCGAAUGGUGGAGGCGGCCAAGGGAGCAGCUGCUUAUCCAGAGAACGAGGAACAGCAGCAGAGGCUCCGUGAGGCCGCAGAGGGGCUGCGGGUGGCCACCAACGCCGCAGCUCAGAACGCCAUCAAGAAGAAACUGGUCAACAGACUAGAGGUCGCUGCAAAACAGGCAGCUGCUGUCGCCACUCAGACCAUCGCCGCUGCCCAGAACGCCGCUGUGUCCAACAAAAACACAGCUCUGCACCAGCAGCUCGUCCACAGCUGUAAGGCAGUGGCAGACGGAAUACCACAGCUGGUCCAGGGAAUGAGGAGCAGCCAUUCCCAGCCGGAGGAGCUCGGGGCCCAGCUCGCUCUCAUCAUGGCGAGUCAGACCUUCUUACAGCCUGCGAGCAGAAUGGUGGCGUCUGCAAAGUCAGCUGUUCCGACUGUAGCUGACCAAGCGGCUGCGAUGCAACUGGGACAGUGUGCCAAGAACCUGGCCACGUGCCUGGCCGAGCUGAGGACGGCAACGCAGAAGGCUUAUGAAGCCUGUGGUCCUUUGGAAAUCGACUCCGCUCUGAAAACGGUGCAGACGCUGAAGAGUGAACUGCAGGACGCCAAGAUGUCUGUGAUAGAAGCCCAGCUGAAACCUCUCCCAGGGGAAACGCUGGAAAAAUGUGCUCAGGAUUUGGGCAGCACUUCUAAGACGGUGGGGUCAUCUAUGGCACAGUUGCUGACGUGUGCUGCUCAGGGCAACGAACACUACACAGGAGUAGCAGCCAGAGAGACGGCCCAAGCCCUGAGGAUCCUGGCCCAGGCGGCUCGGGGGGUGGCAGCCAGCACUCCGGAGCCCCAGGCAGCGGCGGCCAUGUUGGAUUCAGCCCAGUGCGUGAUGGAGGGAUCAGCCAUGCUCAUCCACGAGGCCCAUCAGGCUCUGGUGCAUCCGGGAGAUGCAGAGAGUCAACAGAGACUGGCUCAGGUGGCCAAAGCAGUUUCACACUCACUCAACAACUGUGUGAACUGCCUGCCGGGACAGAAGGACGUGGACAUGGCCUUGAGGAGCAUUGGAGAGGCCAGUAAGAAGCUGCUGGUGGACAUGCUUCCUCCCUGCAGUAAGACAUUCCAGGUGGCUCAGAGCGAUCUCAACAGCUCUGCGGCCGAACUCAACCACUCGGCCGGCGAGGUGGUGCACUCCUCCAGAGGCACCAGCAGCCAGCUCGCCGCCGCCUCCGGAAACUUCAGUAAAGACUUCGAUGAAUUCUUAGAUGCUGGCAUCGAGAUGGCAGGACACACCCAGAGUAAAGAUGACCAGAUCCAAGUCAUUGGGAAUCUGAAGAACAUCUCCAUGGCGUCCAGUAAGCUGCUGCUGGCCGCUAAGUCUCUGUCUGUGGACCCAGGAGCAGCCAAUGCCAAGAACCUCCUCGCAGUAGCGGCAAGGGCAGUGACUGAGAGCAUAAAUCAGCUGAUCACACUGUGUACCCAGCAGGCCGCAGGGCAGAAGGAGUGUGACAACGCCCUUCGCGAGCUCGAGGCUGUGCGGGGGCUGCUGGAGACCCCUAAUGAGCCUGUCAGUGAACUCUCGUACUUUGACUGUAUCGAGAGCGUCAUGGAAAACUCAAAGGUGUUAGGUGAGUCCAUGGCUGGAAUUUCGCAGCACUGUAAGACAGGAGACGUGGCAGCAUUUGGGGAGAGUGUAAGCGUGGCCUCCAAAGCCUUGUGUGGGCUCACUGAAGCUGCAGGACAGGCCUCAUAUCUGGUCGGAGUCUCAGAUCCCAACAGCCAGUCUGGUCAUGAGGGGCUGGUGGAUCCCAUUCAGUUUGCCCGAGCCCACCAGGCCAUUCAGACAGCCUGCCAGAACUUAGUGGAUCCUGCCAGCAGUCCCUCACAGGUCUUAUCAGCGGCCACUAUCGUUGCCAAGCACACUUCGGCGCUCUGUAACGCCUGUCGUCUGGCCUCCUCCAAAACCUCCAAUCCCGUGGCCAGGAGACAGUUUGUUCAGUCGGCUAAGGAGGUGGCCAACACUACGGCUAACCUCGUCAAAACCAUCAAGGCUUUAGAUGGAGACUUCUCAGAUGAAAACAGAAACCGCUGUCGGACUGCCACAGCUCCACUUCUUCAGGCCGUUGAAAACUUGUCCACUUUUGCAAACAACCCGGAUUUUGCCAGCAUCCCUGCGCAGAUCAGCAAUGAGGGUUCUGCGGCUCAGGAGCCCAUCAUCAGAUCGGCGCGCUGUAUGUUAGAUAGUUCCACAUUCCUCUUGGAAACAGCCAGGGCGCUGGUCCUCAACCCCAAAGACCCUCCCACCUGGUCCAUACUCGCCGGUCACUCACGCACUGUGUCCGACUCCAUCAAGAGUCUCAUCACUGCCAUUAGGGACAAGGCGCCUGGGCAGAGGGAGUGUGAUUAUUCUAUCGACAGCAUCAACAAGUGCAUCAGAGAUAUAGAGCAGGCUUCACUCGCUGCAGUCGGACAAAGUUUACCCUGCAGAGAAGACAUCUCCAUGGAGGCUCUCCAGGAACAGCUGACCUCCUCCGUCCAGGAGAUCGGACAUCUGAUCGAUCCAGUGGCCACAGCAGCAAGAGGAGAAGCAGCCCAGCUCGGACACAAGGUCACUCAGCUGGCCAGUUACUUUGAGCCCCUCAUCGUUGCCUCUGUGGGUCUGGCCUCCAAACUGCAGGACCACCAGCAGCAGAUGACCAUUCUGGACCAGACCAAGACCUUGUCAGAGUCCGCUUUACAAAUGCUCUAUGCCGCCAAAGAAGGUGGAGGAAACCCUAAGGCCUGUCAUACCCAUGAUGCCAUCUCAGAGGCAGCUCAGCUCAUGAAGGAGGCUGUGGACGACAUCAUGGUGACCCUGAACGAAGCAGCCAGUGAGGUGGGCAUGGUCGGGGGCAUGGUGGAGGCUAUCGCAGAGUCUAUGGGCAGGUUGGAUGAAGGGACCCCACCUGAAGCUGAGGGCUCUUUUGUGGACUAUCAAACCACCAUGGUUAAGUUCUCCAAAGCCAUCACCAUUACAGCUCAGGAAAUGAUGACUAAGUCCGUGACGUGUCCAGAGGAGCUGGGCGGCCUGGCCUCUCAGGUGACCGUGGACUAUGGUCAGUUGGCCCUACAGAGCCGCCUCGCUGCCGCCACUGCAGAGAUAGAAGAGGUCGGACUCCAGAUCCGCAGCCGUGUGCAGGAGCUGGGACAUGGCUGUAUUUACCUGGUGCAGAAGGCUGGAGCUCUGCAGCUCAGCCCCACAGACACUUUCUCCAAACGAGAGCUGAUCGAGUGUGCCCGCGCCGUUACUGAGAAGGUGUCACUGGUCCUAUCAGCGUUGCAGGCAGGAAACAGGGGCACUCAGGCGUGCAUCACUGCAGCCAGUGCAGUGUCAGCCAUCAUUGCAGAUCUGGACACCACCAUCAUGUUUGCCUCAGCCGGAACGCUCCACCCGGACAACGAGGAAACAUUCGCUGACCACAGAGAGAGCAUCCUGAAGACGGCCAAAGCUCUGGUGGAGGACACGAAACUGCUGGUGGCUGGAGCUGCUUCCACUCAGGACAAAUUGGCCCAAGCCGCUCAGUCCUCAGCAAAGACCAUCACACAGCUGACAGAGGUGGUGAAGCUGGGGGCCACCAGCAUGGGUUCCGAGGGGCCCGAGACGCAGGUCGUUCUGAUUAAUGCUGUGAGGGAUGUGGCGAAGGCUCUAGCCGAACUCAUUAGCGCGACCAAAUGUGCGGCUGGCAAACCUGCGGAUGACCCAUCCAUGUAUCAGCUGAAGAGUGCAGCUAAGGUGAUGGUGACGAAUGUGACGUCUCUUCUGAAGACGGUGAAGGCUGUGGAGGAUGAAGCCACUCGAGGGACCAGGGCUUUGGAGGCCACCAUAGAAUACAUCAGACAGGAGCUGACAGUGUUCCAGUCCAAGGACAUGCCGGACCUGUCUGCUUCACCUGAUGAAUUCAUCCGUACAAUAAAGGGCAUCACAGGAGCAACAGCCAAAGCCGUCGCCGCAGGCAACUCAGCCCAACAACAAGAUGUCAUAGCCACCGCCAACCUGAGCCGCAAAGCCAUCUCCGACAUGCUCACGACCUGCAAGCGAGCGGCACAUGACCCUGAAGUGACUGAGGAUGUGCGAGCCAAAGCCCUGCAGUACGGCUCCGAGUGCACGAGUGGAUACAUCACACUCCUGGAACAAGUCCUGCAGGUUCUGCAGAGGCCCAGUGCGGAUCAGAAACAACAGCUGUUGAUGAACUCAGAGCAAAUAGCAACAUGUGUGACGGAGCUACUCGGAGCCGCCGAGAACAUGAGGGGAUCUGAGUGUGUGGAAACAGAGGAGACCACAGUUAUCGCAGAGACAGAGCUGAUGGGAGCCGCUGCGUCGAUUGAAGCCGCCGCCAAGAAACUGGAGCAGCUCAAACCGAGAGAGAAGCCAAAGGAGGCAGACGAGACUCUGAACUUUGAAGAACAGAUCUUAGAAGCCGCAAAGUCCAUCGCCGCAGCCACCAGCGCUUUAGUGAAGUCCGCCUCCGCCGCUCAGAGGGAGCUGGUGACACAAGGCCAGGUGGGAUCGAACCAAGCGAACGCAGUGGAGGAUGGCCAGUGGUCACAGGGACUCGUAUCAGCUGCUCGGAUGGUCGCAGCCGCCACCAGUAACCUGUGUGAAUCAGCCAACGCCUCAGUGCAGGGCCACGCCAGCGAAGAGAAACUCAUCUGCUCCGCUAAACAAGUCGCUGCUUCCACGGCUCAGCUACUCGUGGCGUGUAAGGUGAAGGCCGACCAGGAAUCCGAAGCUGUCAAAAGGCUCCAGGCUGCUGGGAAUGCUGUGAAAAGAGCUUCAGACAACCUCGUGAAGGCGGCGCAGAAAGCGGCGUUUGACAAAAGCGAAGACGACAGUGUUGUUGUCAAGACCAAGUUUGUGGGAGGAAUCGCUCAGAUCAUCGCGGCUCAGGAGGAGAUGCUGAGGAAAGAACGGGAGCUGGAGGAGGCUCGGAAGAAGCUGGCUCAGAUCCGACAGCAGCAGUACAAGUUCCUGCCCAGUGAGCUCCGAGAGGACCAAGGAUGAACAAACGCUAAGGACAGCAUAUGCGAUAAUAAGUCAGCUCUUUGCAAUGGCAUUUCUGCAGUUUGGACACAGCAGACAUGAAACGAAUGCAAAAGUGAUAUAUUGUCAGGAAUGAAUGUUUAGAAGUGAAUAGAAACAGAGAUGUAAACAGAAGGAGGCAUAUAAGGUAAGGCUUGCAUGUGAAAUAAUAUCUAUACAUAUCAAAGCAGCUACUAACCAAGAACAAGUGCUUUUAAAUGGAGGGCCGGGGGAGUGUGUAGGAUAUUCUGAAUAUAGAAGUAUAAUUAUAAUGUAACUGACUUUCAAAUACACAUACCCAACUCUGUACUUGUUUUUAUGGUAAUAGUCUAUAACACUAUUAUAACUCCCACAAACCAACACUGCAAAGCUCCUCAGAGUAGGCCUGUCACUGUAGCGCAUUUUGAAGUUCGAUACAUCACUGAAUGAAAUACAGACAAUAAACGAUAAUAUUGAAACUAAUUUAUGCCACUGACACAAAAACCCAAGAGCAGAUUUAAACCCAUACACUGUAUAUAUAUAUAUAUUAUAACCCUGAAAACCCUCAGUCUUUUCAGCAGGUCUCAGACAAUAAUAAAAAAUACUUUUACUUUUCAGUUCUGUUCAAAAAUGUAGUGGAGUAGAAAGUACAGAUACUGCUCUCAAAUGCAGUGAAGUUAAAGUAAAAAGUGUCCACUUUAAAAUGUACUUAAGUAAAGUACAAAUACCUACAAAUCUUAAUUAAGUACAGCACGUACAACACGUUGAUAUAGUCAGUUAUCGUGACAGGCCUACCUUUCAGAAUUUAGAAGGUAAGUAAAGAUCUGCGAUAGAUUUGCAAGACUAGUCGACAACCACUGUAGUGUAGACGUGUACUUUGAACCAGGCACUGGUAAUGAAAUGUGAAUCUGAUGGUGCAAUAUUGUUCUAUGAGUGUGUGUUUUUUUUUUCAUUUGAGCUUUAAAAGAAAAAAUAUAAAAUCUGUCAAUCUUCUUCAGAUUACUGGACACUGGACACUUAUAUCUAUCUGAAGAGAGGAGCUAACUACACUGAAACUGAAAACGCCUGUUGUUUACAGUUUCUGUUUGAAGGCUAGAUCUAUUGAGCUACACUAAGUGUGCCCUAGCCCUAAUGUUUUCUUUAUUUUGAUUUGGGUCUGAGGAUGGAGUAAAUAGGAGAUAGAUAAUGUCUAAGGCCCCAUUCCUGUUCAAGGAAGGAUUGUCUUUCCUAACAAAAAUUACUUCUUUAACUCCUCAAACCAUUUCUUUUCUUUGGCUAAGAUAUUUACCUCACUACCACGCUAGCCAGGAUGCUAAUAGGUGUGAAGUCACUAAUUAUUGGCCUGAAUGACUAUUACAAUAAGUAUGACUCAGGUACAGUGCACACUUAGUGUAACUCAAUAGACCUAGCCUACAAACAGAAACUGUAAACAAUGGGUGUUUUCAGUUUCAGUGUAGUUAGCCCCUUCUUUUAGACAGAUAUAAGGGCGUGUCCAGCAGCAAUCUGACCAGAACUGAAGAUGAGCAGCCAGACAACUUCACUCCUAUAACUUUUUGUCUAGUGACAGAUUUGAUAUGUUUCUUUUGUUUUGGAUCAGACCUGGAUGACUGAGGGAUUACACAGAUAUUUAAGCUUUAGGUCAAACAGUGAGUAUUUGCAAUGGAGGAUUACUUUAAAGACAGUGGCCAUGUUCCAGGUCACACAUUCUCCACAAGUUUGUAUGAAGUAUUAAUGAGUACCAGAACUGUACUUCCAUGGGUGUUUAAUAUAUCCGCUGCUUACUUCACAAUACACAGCCUGUAUAUGAGUUGUGAUGUCUUUGGUAGCCAUAUUAGUUUUAUGUAAAUAGACUGGUGUAUCCACAAAACAAUGAAGAAAGCUUCCACUACGAUCACUCUAACGCCCUUUAUAACACGGGAGCCGAUGUACUACACCGUGUGAAAUAUUUAAAGGUACUCUGUUGUAAUGAUGUUGAAGUACUGGGUAUGUAUUUGAGUGUAAAGGCUCCGUCUACUAGUGCCUUACCUGAGUCUGCACUGAGAGCCUGCAGUGGGUGGGGCAAGGGCGAACUGCAAACAACAAAUCAAAAAUGAACCCUCAUGAGAAUAAGAGGACAAAAUCAUAGUGUAGAAUUUUUUCUCUUUUAUAAAAUCAUGUGUUUUAAAACGUGACCAUAACAUACACUGCAACAAAGGAAUAUCUAGAAUUUUGAGAAUUUUAAAUCAGACCUAUUCUGGAAAAUUGACUUUUCAGAGCGUUUGGCCAUGUUCUAGUUGUUUCUUCUCACCGAGCCUCUGAAGUUGUAUUUGGAUUUGAAUGUUUCAGUAAUCUUUAAUCAACUAUUUUCAAGAUGCCAUUUUGACAAUCUAUCCUGGUACAAGCCCACUGUGGCAUACACACCCACUGUAACGUACACACUUCCUUCUUGGUGAUACUCGUAGGAUUCAGCAGCAUCACAUAGCCAUUUUGGUACAAAUGAAAAGAAAUGAGCUGCUCUAGUGUGAUGUGCAGCUAUCCAUAGGGGGCGCCGACAGCAUGUGGCACUUUGUUGUGAUGACAUUUACGACAGCGUCAGCUCCCAUUGGACACUGCAGUUUUCUAAGGCGGAAAUUAAAUGCGCAAAUUAUAACAUAAUGAUCCACGAGUGUCAGAGGUUAUAACUAUAGAGACACACAAGAACAAUAGGUCUGAUUUAAAGUUGCAUUGUGUACAUUUUCUGACAGAAUUAUGCCAUCUGCUUGUCUCCAUGGAGAUGCUAUUGCCUGGGUUGUUGCACAGUAUGGCAUUCAACGCAUCUAUCUUAUAUUUAUUUAAUUACUAACUUUACUAAUUACUAAUUUUUAAAACUGGAAAUUUUCUGGCAAAACAUACAUUUUUGUGAGCGGUCUCUCCACAGACCAGAACUGUAACUUGAUAGAUUGAUAGCGCUAUGAUAGGUUUAAUGCCACACCCUGGAACAUGCUAGGCAAAGCAGCAACAUAUCUUUAGAGACAAGCAGGUCUAUCAGAAAAGCUUCACAGUGCACCUUUAAUUUAAGUAGUGUUUCGAGUCAGUUAUAUUUAUUUAUUUGACAGAUGAUAUACUGCUUCUAACUGCUAGCUAACUUAAACGCCGAGGGGUUCAAAUUACGCUUAAUUGGGACAUAUAUUUUCUUACUGUAAAUUAUUGUGAAACUGUAAAGAGUUUCUUCAGGUUCACUCUUAAAUAUUCUCAGUUCUAUUCUAGAUAUUCCAUUUUGCGUAACAAACCUGCUAACACUCUAACAAAGCAACCUGUGCUUGUUCCUGAUUGGCCAGACGAGGUUCCACUCCCUUUUGUAAGUUUAUAUGUUUGCUCGUUUGUUUCAUUGCUUUUCGAAUGUUGUGAUUUGCCCACUCGAGGGUCCAUAACUGAAAACGCUUUGAGCAUGUGUGGUUUGUAGAGUGAUCCAGCUAACCCCCAUUAGCUCCAUUAUAACUCCUUUAGUACAUGUUACGUGAAUGUGAGACCGGUCACGAGUAGUCACUAGAAGCUCUGCGUGUUGUUCUUGCUUUUUCUCACUUGAUGAUGAUGUAUGUAUGAUAUUUAUCUGGUGACAAAAGUAUUUUUUGUAUAAACUCAAAAUAAAAAAAUGAGGAAAAAAA